AUGGUUGUCAUUCUUCUUCUCUUGUUUCUAUUAGCCCCUUGUGCAUCCUCAUUAAGCUUCAGUUUCCCCAGCUUCACAAACGAUGACAUCAACAACCUAUCUCUCGAGGGAGAUGCUUCCCUCGAUGGUUCCCUCCGACUCACCAAAAGCCUUGCUGACCAGGUGCAAGACCAAAGCGUCAGCCGAGCCACCUACAGCCAACCCUUCCUCCUCCGCAACAACACCACGGGAAAACUCGCUGACUUCACCACAAAUUUCACAUUUUCCAUCGACUCGCUAGGCAACACAACCUAUGCAGACGGGCUCGCCUUCUUUUUGGCGCCAAAGGGGUCUGCACUCAACACAACAAUAGGCCGAGGCGGCUCUCUUGGCCUCCCCGUCAUACACCUAGGACCAAACGAGUCCACGAAUCUGUACCCGUUUGUGGCAGUGGAGUUUGACAUCUAUCAGAAUUCAGGGGAUAAUAUUGACGAUCCCAGGGGCGAUCAUGUUGGUAUUGAUGUCAACUCUGUCAAGUCUAAAGUUACCAGGGCGUGGAAUGGUAGCAUUACACAGGGACGAGUCAAUAGUGCUUCGAUUCGUUAUGAUUCUGGAUCGAAAAAUCUUAGCAUUACCUUCACUACUUAUGAAAAUGGUGUCUGGGUUGAGAGGUAUCUUGAUUACAAGGUUGAUCUGAAUGAGAUUUUGCAGGGUUGGGUGAUUGUUGGGUUCUCUGCUGCAACAGGUCGUAUCACUGCUCUGCACAAGAUCAACUCAUGGAGUUUCAAUUCGACAUCGCUGAUUGACAACACACCAGUAGCUCCUGAGCCAACCCCCAAUGUUGAACCCAAGUCAUCAGGAAGUGCCAAUAUCAGACUCUUCAUUGGGUUGGGUGGGGGUGGUUUUCUAAUCUUGGUUGGUGGCUUGUGUUUGGCUUGGUUCACCUUUUGGAAGAGAAGGAGAGUAGCAGGGGAACGUGAUGAGAACCCUUUUGUUAAUAAACUGAUUCAUGAGGAACUUGAAAAGGGGACCGGCCCUAGGAAGUUUUCAUACCGUGAGUUGGUUCGAGCAACGAGUAAUUUUGAGGAGGGAGAGAAGCUGGGAGAGGGAGGAUUUGGUGGCGUUUAUAGAGGCUUCAUAAAAGAGUUAAACUCAUAUGUUGCGGUUAAGAGGAUAUCCAGCGGAUCUAAGCAAGGUUUGAAGGAGUACGCAGCAGAAGUAAGGAUCAUCAGUCGACUUAGGCAUCGAAAUCUGGUGCAACUCAUUGGUUGGUGCCAUGAAAAACAAGAACUCAUGCUUGUCUAUGAUUUCAUGCCCAACGGCAGUUUAGAUUCUCAUCUUUUCAAAGAAAAAGGCUUGUUAACUUGGCAGUUAAGAUACAGUAUUGCUCAAGGUUUGGCCUCUGGGUUAUUUUAUCUACAUGAAGAAUGGGAACAGUGUGUGCUGCACAGGGAUAUCAAGUCCAGCAACGUUAUGUUGGAUUCAAAUUUCAAUGCGAAACUUGGGGAUUUCGGGUUAGCUCGACUUGUGGACCACGGAAAACAGUCACAAACAACAAUUGUGGCUGGAACCAGGGGUUACAUGGCUCUGGAAUACGUUACCACAGGAAAGGCUAGCAAGGAAUCCGAUAUCUACAGCUUUGGAGUUGUUGCUUUGGAAAUUGCUUGCGGGAGGAAACCCAUCGAUCUCAGUUUAGAAAGUGGCCAAAUCGAAAUGGUGGAGUGGGUGUGGGAGCUUUAUGGAGAAGGCACACUUAUUCAAGCAGCCGAUCCGAAACUUUGUGGACAUUUUGAUGAGAAACAAAUGGAGUGCUUGAUGAUUGUUGGGUUGUGGUGUGCUCAUCCGGAUUAUAAAUUCAGACCUUCAAUACAACAAGCGAUCCAAGUGCUUAAGUUCGAAGUUCCAUUGCCCAUUCUCCCAUCCAAGAUGCCAAUGGCCACCUAUUUUGCUCCUCGAACAUCACUCUCUACGGUGACCACUGACACUACUAGUUCUGAAAGAGGUCAAACUGAGUCUCACGACACGGUUAUAACACCGAUUCCUCACAAUUCACCUCAUCUUCUACAACAAAAUUCGUCUCCAUCAACAACAUUUCAGUCUCCACAAUAA